GAAAUACGCAUAAAUAAGUCUUUUUAUUUUUUUCGCUUUAAUAAUAAUGAAACAUUCUUGGGAGCAAAUUAGAAAUCAAGUUAGACAGUUUCGAAAUAAUUUACAAAGCCUUUACCCUAUACAAGUAUUAGCCACUGUAAAGGACUUUGUUAUACAUAAUAACACAUUAUAUUUUCUAUCAAAUACCUGUUAUCCAACCAUUGAUUUAUGCCCCACUCGAAAUUUAUUUUUAUAUGAAAUUAAUCUUGACCAAAUUGAUCAGUUAACAAUUGAUGAGUCAACCUUAAAUUCAAUUUUCUCUAAUAAAAACAAUAAUACAAAAGAAUACCUAAAGUUAGUAAAUAAACUUCCUUUAUUAGACAGAUCUUUAAUAUUCAAAGAAUAUACUUCGCUUUUCAAGAAAGAAAAUGAUGACACAUCUUAUUUUUAUCAACUAUUGCAAAUACAAGGGAUGACUCAAUUCGAAAUUAAGGAAGAUGUCAUCUUGUUUACUUUUCGUGAUGACAUAUUUGUUGCCAAAAUAGGAAAGUUACCAAAAUUAAUACCACAAAAUAUAUCCGUGUAUAAUAAAAAUAAAAGUCUUAAUAAGUCUCAAUUGUCUCAAUCACAUGGUAAUUCUACACAACAACAUCAUGUUGAAGAAAACUCGACAUCAACACGCCUAGAUCCAAAAUUAGGAGGUUGUUGUAAUAACCUGAUUGCUUUCAUAAAGGAAGGAGAUAUAUGGGUUAUGGAUUUUGAUGGCCAUGAAAUACAACUUACAUUUAGUACAGACAAUGCUAUAGACCCUACACUAAAAUGUGGUGUAACAGAAUACAUGAUGCAGGAAGAGUUUCAUCGAUUAUCAGGCUAUCAAUGGGCUCCUUCACGUAAUGAUCAUCAAGGACAAGAAAGGAUUCUGUAUUUAGAAACUUCGGAAUUAGAUGUAGAAGAGAUCUGGAUACCGCAUAAUAAUAAUAGUCAUAGCGGAACAAGUUCAAUGAUUCGAUACCCUCGUGCUGGUAAAGACAACGCAAAAUUAGAUGAUUGUGUCGUAAAUCAAUAUGGUGAUCUUGCUAUCAAGAAUAAGGUGAUUAAACAAUUAUGGGGUGCAAAUCAUAUUAAAGCUAAAUUUGCUUGGAUGGAGUACAUUGUUCGAUUUGAUUGGUUGCCAGAUGGACAAAGGUAA